UCUCAUGAACUCAUCAGAUGGAUUGGUCCGGCCGUUCGAACGCCAUGCCAUUGCCGAGUAAUCCAUAAGAUUGCAUGUCUGUCUCGGAGAUUGAAGCAGCUGAAUCAACUGUUGUUCACCUGGUUAUCCAUGUGUCGACUUUCCAAAGACCAGACAAACUUCUAACCACAGCGCUGGCUUAGCACAAAUGGCGUCCGCUGCGUCGGCAGUGCCUACCACUACGCCCCAUAUCGUCUUCGACUCUCGAAAAGCCGGCCUCAUCAGUAUCGUAGAAGAGGAGUUGUCGGCCGAAGACCAAUCUCCGUUGGCUUCAUCCUAUCAGGCUCCAUCAUGGCGAGACAUCGAUUACUUCGAUGGCACGGGAGAUCAGAAGCUCCAAGGUCUUGGUGUCAAACGAGCGUAUAGCACUGGAUGUCCGCUGGUGGUUAAUCCCAGGGAUGACUCCCUCAGAGUCUCUUCAGUUCCCACCUCUACCUGGAACGCCCUACCAGAAUGGGGAAUGGUGCCGUCGCACCAUGAUACAACACUUAGGACUAGCUCGCAACCGACCAACGCCAAAGGACUUUGGAGUCAGUGGCCACACGCGCUACCUCAACUAUCAUCUGUGAUCCCUGACAUCUCUGACGAUGAGGCCUCACGACACGGUUCAAUUGCAGGGCUCGAGGUCUUCCUACGCAAAGCAUCUAUCGUUCAGUCGCAAGAUGGAGAAAACAACGAGACCAAAAUUGAUAUCGAUGCCUUAUUGACUGAGGAGUCAGACGUUCUAGGACCUUUGCACUCGCCGCUAACCCCACUGACUCCACGUAGCCCAUCCGUCCGGACACCAACAUCUCCCAGAGCGUCUUCUGAGUGCCUUGGAGGGACAUCCAUCAUCGAGGAUCGGCCCAUUGAUAGUGCGUACUCUCCUAAGCGCCCAAAUCUAAGCCCUUCUGUGGUGUUCAAGAAGAUGAAUCACUUUGCAGACCUGAAUUCUUUCUCGUUCGGUCAGAAAUCUAAGGCUCGUAAAGAGAGUGGUGUAGGUGCAGAUCCCAUGUCGUCCCCACGGCUGAGCACAGAGAGUAGCAUCAAGCGACCACCAUCUGCACGUAUAAGUUUUGGGAGCAGCAUCGACUGUGGAGUCACUGAAGAUGUAAUGCUCGUCAAUCCGAUCACCGGUGAACGAAAGAUGUCAGUGGUCAAAUCUACAGAUGCGGACGAGCAAGUGCGUCGUCCGAGUGCACUGCGGCGAAGUUCUUCCUCGACCUCUAUGUAUACCCUGGUGAGGCGAGAGUCAGUAGCGGCAAGCAAAAUACGAACACGGUCAGCAGCCUCGAGGCCCAGCCUCUCAGGACGAGGCUCGUCAACAGUAGCCUCAAGUGCCCAGUCAGAGGAUGCUUCUUUCACCUCUGAGCAACACCUUCGCAAUCUGUCAUCUUGGACACAGCACACUUCUGGUGCCUCGAAUGCUCGGGCGAUGUCGAACACGCGGACCGUUUCACAUUCUUCCAGUGCCCGCACUCCUUCCUACACGCGAACCACGUCGACUUCAACAUGGUCACGGAUGUCGACGUUCUCAAGAGCUUCUUCGACAUCGUCUGUGACAACUUAUGAUUCGACGUAUACAAGACAUAACAAUCAGGAGACUCAAGCAGAGUGCGACGAAGAAAAUGCUAGUCGUAGCUCAUCCUUUCUUACACCAUUGUUCGGCCAAUUUCAGCGGAGCAAGACGGACUCUGCUGUCGCUCUUCCGAUUCAAGAACCCAAACCGGCACACCAAGAAGCGUUGGCAGAUGUGGAGGAAGAUCCUGACUUUGUCGAAGUCGAAAUCGAACCGAAAGCAGGACCAAUCGCCAGACGAGCCUCUCUAAUCGCCAACAUCUUUACCAACAACGACGUCGAUGUAGACCCUGACCUCAAAUUUGAACCAUCGGCAUCUGAAGCAGACAUCAUGCGUGGUAUUGCUGGAGCCGAGAAUGAGAGAAGCCAGCGUAAAAUGGUGUACUCUCGCAAUAUCGCAGUGUCAUCCUUUGUGGUUGUCAAUGGAAUCUGUGUUGCGCUGUCAUUUGGGCUAUUCAGCGUCUGGUACGCUAUUGCUCCUUUAGUCCUAGCGGCGCAUCUGUCCAGGUCAGCUAUGGCCCUCAACCUUGUUGGCUUGCUUGUAAGCAGAAUGGCCAAGGUGAUGCUGCGCUCAGGAGAAGAGAAAGGGGAGCCACCUUCCAUGGACUACGCCACUGUAGUCAACUUCUCCAGAGAAAGCCUCGAAGACAUGGAAGGCGUCCUCGACUCUUUGGUCGAUCAGAAAGACGUCGAUAUGCACAAGAAUCUGCUACUCGUAUCUUGCAAUGACAAGAUGCUGAAUGGGGACCAGGCUAAAUCCACGACGAGGAUCCUUCUCGAAAACAUCCUGACCAACAUUGUAGAUGAAGCCAAAUUUCAGAUACCUUGCGAGGGUCAGAACGCCGGCUACGAUAAUCUCUGGUGUCGCAGAGGAAUCUACAAAGGUCUACCGUACGUCUUGAUGAUUAAAGAAGGCGUAACCAGCAAGACUGAAACACUCGAUCUGAUCCGAAACCUGCUCCAUUCAUACAACCUUCGCAAGGAGUCAUAUCAUAACUCGGUACCUCCUGCGUUCUUCACAUGGUAUCAAGAGUGGGCUGAGUUGCAUGAUUUUGCUUCCUUCGAUUUCCUCGUCAAUGCCAGCUCUGACAGUUUGCUCGAUGGGACAUGCAUCGCAGAGCUAUACAACCAAUUCCUUGAGCAUCCCGAUUGUUCGAGUAUUUCAAGUCGUGUCGAGGUUGACUAUCAUACUUCCCGAUGGUGUGCUGGAAAUCUUAUCCACAACGCUUGUCUCGUGCAUGAACAAUUGAGAUAUGCUCAUCAGUCGCAGAUCACUCACCGUGUCAUUUCAAACUCAGGCGCUUGUCAGAUGAUCAAGAUCUGCGAAGAGACAUGUGGUCCGCAGAUUCUGGAAGACAACAAGAGGCGUCGGCCCUCUCCUAUGAGCAACAUAGCCACUCGAAUCUCCGCAAUCGUGGAGGAGGACGAUGCGCUGUUUGGAGCACCCGAAGUCAUCAGCCGACAAGCAGUGUAUGCUGUCUCUUAUACUCAUCCAACCAACGUUUUCUCUGACUUUUUGUCACAACGCAAGAGGCUUACUUUCUCAACCUGCGCCAUCAAUCUUGCCGUUCUUCGAGAUAGUCAGAUGGGUUGGUUCGAAAGGUUGUCCGCUGUUGCCGAAUUGAUGGCAUGGUGUCUACCUGUCGUCUCUCUGGCCAUCAUGAUCAACUUUCUCAGAUCUGCCGCCCUGCAACAAAACAUCCCGGUCCUGAUCGUAGUCAGUGCCGUCGUCGCCUUGCCCUGGAUCUACGCCUUUGCCUCCGCCAUGUGGCUCGCUCGCUCUUGGGACGCAAGACUACGUUAUCUACUCGGCUUCUGCUUCCUGGCCAUCGUUGGUCCGUUCAUCGCCAUUUACACUGUCAUUUCAACGCUCAUAAAUUUGCAUCAUAUCCGCCCGGAGGAGCGUAAGCGUAGGCGUCAUUCUGCUACUUCUACCACUACAAAUAUUCAGCCUUGUGAGGUUUGAGCGAUUGACAUUAGAAUUGUUUGGCGUUUUUGCUUUGUAACUUCUUCUAGAUACCCCACCUUUGUACCAUGUAUAUAUUACUUCUUGAUCAUGCCGCCCUGUGGUGAUCAUUCGUGUGUCCG